AUGCUCCACCAUCGCAAUCACUCAAAUGAUGGCUCAAAUCGGAGAAGUAGCUCACAGGGGGGUUCUUCAUUGGAAAAAAUCAGAAGGAAUGCACCACGUUUCGGACACAAGAAGGAUAUUGAGUGGAAUAAUGUCAUAAACCCAUAUAAAGACGUAGUACAGAAGAAUAUAGCUUGGGUGGCUGAAAGGCCUAGUUGCGCCGACGAGCUGCUCAAGCUCCUACAAACUGGAGUCGACUUAAUGGAAAAAGUAAAGACGAUUGUUGAGGAAUAUGAAUCUGCUUCUAAGAAACUCGAGGAAUUCAAGGAAAAGGCUGAGGAUGGCAAGGACAGUGGAGAUCGUGACAAUGUUCAGCAAGCAUUUGACAUUGCGGACAUGAACUUGAGGGCGGCGAUAGCUGAGGUACGCGCGGCAUACCAUGAUAACAACCUGAAAGAUGGUGUACUAUAUGGAUUUGGACGGCAUACGUUGAGUGAUCAGAGGGGACCCGAGGCGGAGUGGCUCAGGCAAUUCUAUGAAUAUACUUACAAGUUGUUGGGAGACAGACAGAUCGACUCGGAUGCUGCGAAGAAAGCGACUGCUGCACUGAAAGUUGCUUGCGACAUCCAAAAGUCAAUACGAAAUGCUUGUCAUUCCCGAUCACAGGUCGCUGAGGAACUCUUCCGAAAGCUGCGUCAGCUUAAGAAGGAGAUGGAUGACGUCAACAAUGCUAAUGGGGAUAUGGACGCAUUGUAUGGCUUAGAGUCUCAGUUGGAACAGAUUGACAGAGAGGCCAUUCAGGUGCAGAGCGAAGUAAACUCAAAACAGAAGGAACUUGGAGAAGCCCUCGGGACACCGGGAAGGCUAUGGAAGGAAAAUCAUCCCGUCCAAGACCAGAAGAAGUCGAAGUCAAGGAGCAAGGCUUUAGUGUCCACGAUUAAAAGGCUCUCAGGCUGUUCAAAGGAAAGCACUCAUACGAGGUCUACGAAUUCACUGAGAGGUAGAUCUUGA